CUACAAGACACUGGCGAAAUACCUUGUGCCCAGUUGGCGCAGACAAAAGCCAUAAACAAGAAUUGAAUUGAACUUGUAGGUGCUUAGGUGGUACUAGGUAGCUUUGUGUUGUUGAAUGAUAAUUUGUACUGUAUUUCUUCUUCUGAAAUACUUCUUUAUAUAAUAUGGUGUGCGAUGGUCCAGAUCCUCCUGAUGACUCUCCGCAAAAUUUGAUUCCACCACCGCGAAAUGAAUUAAUGGCUAACGGAAACCACGACGAGAGUGAUGAAGAGCAAAAUGAGAAUUUCGGAUACGAACCUCUGCCGCAGGGGCCGGAAGCUGUAUUCACUGAUCAUGAAAGUGAUGAUGAUACCGAAAAUAAUGGAAUACAAGAGAUAGCUCCAAACAAUGUGCCCCCAAUAGAACCAAUGGAGAGUGCUUUGACUAGAGAGGUGUGGAGUGUACCUCGAGUAAAUGACCCUAUACAGAUGGACAGUGAAAGGGCACAAGAGGUUAUGUCUUUGAUGGCUGACUUUGCAUUACCACAAGCGUCUAUCCCAGAAUGGGCGCAAAGUGUCUCAGAAGAGCAAUGGAAAGAGACACUUAAUGACAGGAUAGAAAAGUUAAGGGGUAACAGCCCUGUGGACCACAAAGCUUAGCACAACAACUUUCUUAGAAAUGCUGUCUCCAAUAUGUUGUACAUUUUUUAGUUUAUUACUCAAAGACUGUGGGUAUGACCUUGUAGUUAUUGAAUUUGGGAUGAUGAGACUGUAAUUUAAGUUGGAUAAAAUGUAAAUUGUUACUGCACCACAAAUUGUAAAAUAAGAAAUGAUAAAAAUGACCCAGAUCCAUUUGCAGUAAUGAUUUUGUAAAACAAAUAAUUGACUAGGGUAGUAGUGAUAAUAAUAAGAGUAUUGUUAGUUUUAAAA